CCUGCAGGCAGCUGGACUCUCCAGCCUGAAAAGCAACACAUAUUAAAGGAGUCAGAAAGUGGAGCGGAGUGAGAGCUCUGCGUGUGUCUCCCCUCCCUGUGCUUCCGCUCUGCAGUAAUGGGUCGUGAACACAGGACGAAGGUUGAACACUGAUCCGCACAUUUCUCUGCAGGAAUGACACUGAGCUCAUCAUGAGAGAGUGGUGGAUCCAUGUGGCUCUGAUCUGUGUCCCCCUGGUGGCCGUUUACCUGCACAUCCCCCCGCCGCAGCCGUCACCUGCCCUGCAGCAGUGGCACAGCUCCGGGGAGGAGUUCACCUUCAGAGGCUGGACGGUCUUCUAUAGAGACUCCUACGGGGCUUUGGGAAGCUCUGAUGUCAUCAUUCUGCUCCACGGCUUCCCCACUUCCAGCUACGACUGGAACAAGAUCUGGGAGCCGCUCACUCAGCGCUUCAAUCGAGUCAUUGCUCUGGACUUCCUGGGGUUCGGCUUCAGCGACAAACCGCGACCACACAGCUACUCCAUCUUCGAGCAGGCCAGCGUGGUGGAGGCUCUGGUGGCCCACCUGGGUCUGAGCCACCAGAGACUCAACGUGCUGUCACAUGACUACGGAGACACCGUGGCUCUGGAGCUGCUCUACAGGAGCGACCAGAACCGCACAGGUCACCUGACCUUCAACAGCCUGUGUCUCUCUAACGGAGGAAUCUUCCCAGAGACACACCACCCGCGGCUGCUGCAGACGCUUCUGAAGGACUCCGGCUUCCUGUCUCCUCUUCUGAUGCGUCUCACCAACUACAUGAUCUUCCAGAAGGGAAUCGGUGACGUGUUCGGUCCGUACACGCAGCCCACGGACGCCGAGUUCUGGGACAUGUGGACGGGUUUGCGCCACAAUGACGGCAACCUAGUUUUAGACAGUGUUCUCCAGUACAUCAACCAGAGAUUAAAACACAGGGAGCGAUGGGUGGGCGCGCUCACUUCCACCUUCGUGCCACUGCACAUGAUCUACGGACCCCUGGACCCAGUCAACCCUCAUCCACAUUUCAUCCGUCUUUACCAGCAGCUGGUCCAGAGGUCCACCUUCACCGUCUUGGACCAGCACAUCAGUCACUAUCCUCAGCUGGAAGAUCCCACCGGCUUCCUCAACGCAUAUUUCAACUUCAUCCACUCUUUCUGAACGAUGCUCAAACUGGGACGAAUCAUCACAUGUGGUGAAAACACCACCACCACGAUGAUCGAGUCCCAACUGACGGGUUCAUUAACCAGCAUUAACCCCAGAGAUGUUAGUUACUGCCGUAGAAGACUUGAGAUGAGCUAAAUAAACAAGUAAUGCAAACUGAGUGAGAAAUGUGUUGAACCCUGUGAGGAAGCAUGAUAAUGUCGAUUAGAUCUAAUUGUGUGAGGUUUUAGAUAUUUUAGGGCAUAAUGAUAGGAAUGAAAAGGGGACAGAACAAAGUCGGAAUCGAACCUGCUCAAACCGCCAUAUUUUGGGCACCUGCUCCACCUGCUGAGCUGGCAGGGGUCCGCUGGUGCAAUCUCAUUUUGAUUCCCUCCAUAUUCUGUUUGUCGGGUCCUGUGAUCAGCUGCAUUUGGCCUGAAUUUUGAUAUGAUUUUCUACAUUUCUCUUGUCAAUGAGUCUUCAAAUAAACCUAGUUUUGUAAAAAAUCAUGUUU